AUGAUAAAAGAUUAGAGUUUUGAUACUAAUGUCUCUAUCAAUUCAGAUGAAGAAAUUAAGCAAAUUAAAAUCCAUCCCUUUGAUCCUUACUUCUAAUACUACCAUCAGGAUAAUACUUAAAUAAAUGCAUAAAACGAAAAAGCAAAUUCACCUGCACCUUCUCCUAAAUACAAAUUUAUGGGAGCAAGCUAUAGUAACGACGAAUCAACGUAAUCGCAAUCGAUGUAAACCAAUUUAGAUCUUGGUAAAUUACAAGAACAAUGCAUUUCCUAAUGUACUAUAGAUGUCCUCAAAAGUGUUGACGCUUAUCUAGAUAUCCGAAGUAAGUAAGACAACUAUCACGUUGAAAUUGUUAGCAUGUAAUUAAUUAAAAUGAAUAUGUUGAAAAACAAGAAUGUUGUUCAUCAUAAUCAUCAUAUACAUCAGACAAAAACCAGAAAUAAUAAAAAUUCAACUGCUAAUGUUAGAAGUCUAUCUCCUUAAGGAAUACUAAAGAAAAGUUCUUUUGAAGGGCCCUUUAAUAAAAAUUUAUUAAAUUUACAGUAUAAUCAGAAUUCAAAUAAGAAGGUUUCGUUCGAGUUCACUAAAGAAUAGAUCAGAAGUAUGAAAAGAAUUAAUGUUUCGAGUGUGCUUAUCAAUAAAAAGAGCAGAUUAUUUUUAAAUUGA